CUUGUAAUCGCUCCUACGCAAAGAGGGAGUUCGUCACCUAAUCGAUCGUAUUUGUAGUCGAUAUCUAUCUAUAUGUGUCUUGUGCGAUUGUCGGGAACUGCAAGUAUUUGUGCUUGAAAGAAAGUCGAUAUUUGAUUGGAAUACCUAUCAACCGGGUAAUUUUCUAUCGCGGUAAAAUCCGAAACCAAGCGAGAGUGGUAGCCAUCCGCGAUGGAUAAAAGUUUGAAGGAAAGCAUUUUAGGCACCUCGUCAGUUCAAUACAAGUCAGGUCCUUCUACUUCUCUGGUCCACCAACACCAAACCCCUGGACAUGGGAAGAAGACCAAACAACUGCUCACAAAAAUAACUCACCCCAACUCGAUUGCCCAAGCAACCCUCCUCAGCAAAACAAAUGAUGGAACCAUCGGUUUCACGUACAAGAAGUUGGUUGUUCCUUCGUCUAUGAGAAGUGCCUACUGGAAGUACUUCGGUUUUCCAGCCACUGAUGACGGUCUUAUUCUCUCAAAAUUGAAGAUCAUCUGCAUUUUGUGUAAAACGCAGAUAUCCUACAAUCGCAAUACAAGUAACUUGCGUAUGCACCUUCAGAACAAGCACAAAGAUGAGCUUGUGCAGUUGGAAAUUGAGUGCCCGCCGAAGGUUUUAAAACCCAAGUCAAUGCUCCAGGUACCGCAAAAGAAAAACAAAAGCUCGGAGCAUUACAUCUAUGCUGCUGAUGUCGACAAUCCAAUGGGCAAUGAUAUACAGUUUUUGGCCAACGGAGUGAAUGUCAGCAACGAGUUUGAGCACUUUGACGAAGGACAUGAUGAAGUAAGCGAGCUGAUCCGCUUGAAUAGCACCAACAUCUCAGAUGCUAUUGCUGACUUUGUGAUCAUGGACUUGCAGCAGCCAGACGUUGUUGAGGGGAAAGGUUUUCAACGGCUCAUUGCCACUCUCCAGUCCCCCUGUGAGAUCCCCUCGAAAGCAAAAAUCGUUCAAGAUAUCAUACCGAAAAUGUUUGAUACGUACAAGCAAAAUGUCAUCACUAGUAUCGAAAACUGCCCUGGACAUUUUGGUUUAUCACUUGAGCAAUGGCACUCACUCAAUGGAGAAACCUUUGUCACUUUUGCCAUACACUUCUUAACGAGUGAUGAAGAUGCGUACGCCCUCAAGACUUUGACCUCUAUUCCCAGCCCUCCACAUGCGGACUCUACAUUCUGGACCAACACACUCAACGCUAUUUGCAAAGAAUGGAAAAUCCCGAUCGAACGCAUUAUUGCAUGCAUUUCGGCCGUCAAAAUUGGACCUCUGCUGGUUGCAAUACAACAGAAAAAUAUCAUCAUUAUUCCCUGUCUUGUAGCCACUCUUCAGGAUAUUUGUACAAGCUGCUGUUUCCUGUCUCCAGAAGUUUAUCCCACCAUAUCAAAAUGCCGAAAAUUGAUCUCUACAAUUUAUAAGAAUCCUAGUUGCGUUGUCACAUUGAAGAUUGAAGAACAACUGUCACACGUUGAGGAUACAUCGUGCAGUGCUGAUUACCCACCGGUGUGGAUCUCAACUUACGCAUUCCUUGAAGGUUGCUUGGCCCGCAAGUACGUUCUACCCGUUGCCUUGGAAGCCUCAGAUUUAAGUCCGCCGGAAAAAGAAUGUCUCACUCUUAAUGAAGCUGAGUGGGCCAUGAUCGAAGAUAUCAUAAAUGUGUUGGACCCGUUUAAGAUCACCAUGAUGACUUUGAGCGAAGAGAAGACGCCUUUAAUUUCUCUGAUAAGACCACUAUUAUGGCAGCUUGUGAGCUCACAUCUCAAAGUGAAAGAUACAGACUCAAACUUCGCAAGAAGGCUAAAGGUCACAUUGUCAGAAUCACUGGAAAGGAGUUAUGAUGAGGAAACCGUGCGAUCACUUUUGCUGGUGGCAACAGCUCUUGACCCAAGAUUCAAACUGCUGCCCUGCUGCACAGACGAUGGUUACUUCACAGUUUUGGAAGAACGAGUGAAAGGCUUGCUGAUAAACCUCAUCAGGCAGGAGGGAGUCGUCAACCCAGGAAAAGGCGAACCAAAUCAACCAUCCGAUGGGUCACAACCGUCAAAGAAGAGUCGACUCUCAGGCAUGGAGUUCCUUCUCGGUGGAGCACACACAUUGAAGUCUGACAUCGGCAUAGAGGAGCGUGCAAACCACGAAGUAUUCCAAUUUCAGUCUGAAAGCACAGCACCAUUGGAUGACUGCCCGCUUCAGUGGUGGAAGAAGCAGGGUUCACGCUGUCCAAACUUGGCAAAACUGGUCAGAAAGUACAACUGCCUACCAGCGUCUGCAACUCCUUCCUGCAGGAUCCCUACUGACACACAAGUUAGUUUCCAGAUCAAACGAAUGUCAUUGUCGCCAGACAUUGUUGACAAACUGCUCUUUUUGAACUCGAAUCACACUAUCAAAGAUGGGGGCGAUUGAUGCCGAAAAGCCGUAAAAGUUGCUAAAUCUCACUUCAAUCAUGUAUAAAUAAGGCGUCAACAUAUUUUCGUUGGACUCGAAACAACUUGUUGAUAUGACUUUAAAUACUGUAUACGAAGCCAUGAGAAAGGCAGAACUCAGUGAAUUGCAUUGUAUGAUUCUGGUAUUAUCUGCAUUGUCUCAAAAGUUUGCUUUGUGCACCAAAAGUGCACACAGUGCUGCUUUAAGAGUUAUAAUCUCGCAUCAUUCAUCUUGAAUUUCUGUAUGAAGUUUUUCUGUCUUUUUUCCUACUUGUGUUAAACUUACUGAUGACGCAUGCAUUUGAAAAAAGUGCAAUUUGUAGGCUUCUAGAAGUGAAUUUGUCUUGGAAUUCGGUAAUCAGAUCUCAGAGAUUGGGACAAUCAACUGAGAUUAUGUAAAUUAUGUCUCUUUCCUGAACUAUGUCCGAUUGACUUUGAAAUUUCAUAGCUCACAGUUUUCUUUCACUUUCUUAUUUACUCUGACCUCUCUUUUGCCUCAUUUCCUGAUGUUAUGAAAAUUUCGGAUGAUUAAUGUUCUAAAACUAAUCCAAUGAUCUCAUCGUCCACAAAAUUAUUUUAAGCUGUCUUGUUCCUGUCUAAUUAAACAGUCUAAGUGUUACAGUAACAGUGAUACUUGUUAUUUCAUUUUAUGUCAACACAAAAUAAUCCCCUCCUAUGUAGUAGUAUUUUGAUCAGUGUCACUAAAGUUGCAUUCCUGCCAUAGAAGCCAGAAGUAUCUAUUGGUUACAAACCAAGGGACACUAAAAUUGUCAAUAAUCUCUCUUAAAAUUUUGACUCAUCGGUUUUUUCCUGUUAUUUCAUGGAGAUAUUGUUCUCUAAAUUUCAACAUCUACCAUUUUUCUCUCGGGCAGGGACACUUUAUCCGACGGCAUACCUUGACAAGAGCAUUGAAAUGUAUUUGUUCAGGCGUAAUAUUUUUUAUUUCUUGUAAAUACUGUGUCCCUGUAAAAUCAUAAUUUCUAAGUAUUCUUUACUAAGCUCUUGAAAUUUAAUGUACAUACAAUUUCUCUCUUUAUUUACUUACAGAUUUUAUUAAGUAAUCUAAGAUUAAAUUUUUAUAUCAUCACUGUACAAAGUUUUUCCUCUGUCUUUUUUUGACUCCUCCAAUAAAUUUUGUCUCAUAA